CCCGGUCAUCCCCGCAUUCCAUCACGCCUGCAGAUCAUCCGACCGAUUCUGAAUCCUCUGAUUUAAAUCUGCCUGUCCCUCUGUCGUUCCCUUCUUAAUUUCUUCAUCCCUCCUCAAUUCCACCAAUCCCCAAAAUGCACCCUCCCCUCCCCGUCCCCUUCAUCUCCCUCUCCCUCUCCCUGCUCCCCUUCCUCCUCACCCCCCUCCCAACCCAAGCAACCACCCCCCAAACCCUCCUCGAACAACCACAAGUACUAAAAACAGGCAACCCGCUCCCCCUCCCCGGCCCCUGGCCCUGGUACGCCGACCCAGAAGCCCACCUCUUCCGCCACACGGGCCCAGCAACCCAACCCCAGACCCAGAACUACUGGAUCUACCCAACCUACAGCGCCGCCUACGAGGAACAAACCUUCUUCGACGCCUUCAGCUCGCCCGACCUAAUCACCUGGACCAAACACCCCACCAUCCUCAACAUCACGCAGGUCCCCUGGUCCACGAACCGCGCGGCGUGGGCGCCGUCCGUGACUCGACGGCCUAUCACAAAGGACAAGGGUGCUGCGCAACGUGGAAACAACUCCAGCGCAAACAACCCCCUUCCAGCAGAACCAACCCCGGAGGAUGAAUACGAGUACUACAUGUACUUCUCCACCGGCGACGGCACGGGCAUCGGGGUCGCCAGAUCGACCACCAACUCGCCGGCGGGGCCGUUCGCGGACGUCCUCGGAGAGCCCCUGGUGAAUGGCACGGUGAUGGGGGCGGAGGCGAUCGAUGCGCAGGUUUUUGUGGAUUAUCCUUCCAGUACAUCUUCAAGACAGGAUUCCGGAGGGGGCGACGGGGACAAUGACAGAGAUACGCCCCGCGUCUGGCUGUAUUUCGGGGGCUGGGGCCACGCGGUGGUGGUGGAGGUGGAUGCGGAGAGUAUGACCACCCUGAAGGGGGAGUUUGUGGAGAUCACCCCACCCGAUUAUGUGGAGGGGCCGUGGGUGUUGAAGCGCGGCGGGGUUUAUUAUUUUAUGUAUUCGGUGGGGGGCUGGGGUGACAACUCCUACGGCGUCAGCUACGUGACGGGUCCCUCGCCGACGGGGCCGUUUACCUCCACCCCAACCAAAAUCCUGCAGGGCAACGACAAGAUCGGGACGAGUACGGGCCAUCACAGUGUGUUGACGAUCGGUGAGGAGUACUACAUCGUCUAUCACCGACGGUAUCCCAACGAUACGGCGCGGGAUCAUCGCGUCGUGUGUAUCGAUCGCAUGGAGUUCGAUGCGCGGGGGAAUAUUCUGCCCGUGAAUAUCACGCUGGAGGGGGUGGAUGCUAGGCCUUUGUGAUUGCUUUUAUAUCAGAUAGAUGUCCUAGCGGGUAGGGUGUUGAGGCCGAGGCUACGCUGUGUAUACUUCUUCUCUGUUUGUGAGCGCAACGGUGGACUCACAGCAGGACAGAAGCGUCCUGGUUAUAAAAUAUAUAUGUUUACGGGGGACGCCUAAAACAAUGACU